AUUAAACAGUCUCGUUUGUAAGUUUGUCAGAUCCGCAAGUUAACUCUGGAAAGAUUCUCUUAUGGAUGUGAUCUUUGUUAAUUAGUGAUCGUACAGUAAUAUAGUGCCCCCAUUAAAAUGAAUAGGUUCGUAAGCCGCACUUUUGCGGUGUUAUGUGUCGUCGGAUUUUACAGUGUUUCUGCAAUCCCCGGAGUUAAACCGAAAGACAAUAAACUACCUCCUAUGCUCAAAGUUUGCCACAAAAGCGAUCCAAAAGUAAAUGAGUGCGUCAAACAGUCGAUAGAGCAACUCAGGCCAUAUUUAGUUCAAGGUAUCCCUGAACUGUCAAUUCCACCAUGUGAACCCCUGUUUAUCCCUGAGGUUGUCAUGAACCAAGGUAAAGGCUCAGUGGCCGUGCAGUCAACCUACUCCAAUAUUAAAAUUUACGGUCCAAGUCAGUUCGUUUUGAAAAGUGUCAAGGUGGACUUUGAGAAGGAUAGGAUGAGGUUGAAAGUAUGGCUGCCAUUCUUGCACAUGAAUUCGGAAUACACCAUUGACGGAAGAAUACUGAUGUUGCCCAUCACCGGUAAAGGAUUCAGCGAAGGGAACUACACUGACAUUGAGGCCACUGCUGUUGUGCAAGGUGAGAAAAUUCACAUCGAUGGAAAGACAUACUUCAAUGUGGUGGACUUUUUCUGUGAUUUCAACAUAGGGCAUGCUAGCGUCUACCUCACAGAUCUCUUUGACGGAGACAAGGAACUAGGUGACGCAAUGAAUCUAUUUUUGAACGAUAACUGGCGUAAUGUCGCCCAGGAAAUUAAACCAGUUCUAGAGGAAACGGUUGCAAAUCUCUUCAAGAAAUUUGCGAAUAAAUUGUUCCAUAAGUAUCCAUUGGACGAAAUUUUACCACCCUAAAUUGCGCUAAACAAUUCAAGGGUUGUCAGUAUUACGUAAUAAGUCUAUCCUCCUUGUGCAAUAAAUAUAUUUCGAUCACUUCCUACAAUAUUUUGCCUGGGACUUUAUCGACCUUCCGAUCUGCUUGGUGAAAUGAAGGAGUGAAAAGCUCUUCCUCUGAAUUAAAACUCUAACUUCUAACUUAUUGUUAGUGAGCACAAGGUUCCAGUUGUCUCUCAACAUGCAGCUAAUCUCGAUGCUUUCAGCAAUCUAGAAUACGUAGUAAUUAGGCGAAACUAUUUUGGUACCACUCUCAAAGUUGUUGUUGUUGCUGUUGUUAGCUUUUACAUCGAAUUUGAAUGGUUAAGAUUUUUUUUACGCAAGCGAAUAUUUAUUUACUGUAAUGUGAAGUAUGUAAUUUAUUGACUAAUUUUAUAUUAAAAAAUCAAAAUAAUUUAUAA